AUGGGCAUUCCCUUGCGGGUAGUUCUCGACAAGCACGACCGCUUCUUGCCGGAGACGAUCUCGGAGUUCUACUGCUUCCUCGGUCGCCAACAAGAGGCUUUUCACUACCACGAGAGUGAGGUCAUCUGGCACGCCGUCUCGGGAGCGAGGUGGGAGGAACUGGACACCUAUAUCAAGGCGUUUGAGGAGCAUUCCGAGCAGCGGUGGGAAGAGGCCCGAGGCAACUUGAGCUAUAACAUCUUCUCCGCCGCAGUGCGUAACGAUUGGAAGGACUUGUGGCGAUUCGCACCGACCAAUGGUCCCCUGAUGUGUCAGAUCGAGCAAUGGACCGGUAUCUGUACGUGCAGAAUACCGCCGAUGCGCACGCGGACCUGACCAUUUAUCGUCCACGCCGUAACAGACAUGCAUCGCAUUCGAAAGGUCUAUAUCCUCCAAUGCAACAAGAACUUCCCCAGUAUCGAUCCACCCCUGCGCGAGUCCGACAACCUUGCCGUGCGGCUCGCUCCUUACGGCGGGCUGCCGUCCUGGGCGCCUGACCGUAGAGAGUGGUUCCAAAAUUUUGGGUGUACGAUUGCGACUCGUUCUCACCCUGGUUAUCUCUCCAACGACGAAAUCGAUCAUAUCCGAAGUGAGUCCUUGCCUUUGCGCUCACAGAUAUCGCUCGUUGCUCGCCUUGGCCUUCGCUUCGCUGACGCCUCGGAGACCUCGGCUGCCGCGUCUACAAAAUGCUUACGUCGGUCGGUCGCGGCGUUGUGCAGGAAGAGGAGUGCACUUUGGUCUCGACCCCGUGAUUGGCUUCAAAAGCGUCGUCGACACGAGAGCCGAGGCCAGCACGGAGGUCAUGGGGCUACCUGAGCUACUGCCUGACUCGAACUCAGAGACGGACAAAGUUGAGAACGUCGACGCUAAGAGUGGCCAACGCCGCCCGCGAACGCUCUCCCGCUUGUAG